CCUUAAACGACAACAAUGCGGACUACUUGUUCUCUAGAAAACUGCAAAGAAAAAAUUUCUAGAUAUUGUCUAGAUCAUGAAGAAGCUUUAUGCCACUCUUGCAAACAUGCCCAGCACUACUGUUGCGAUACGAUACAUAUUAUUCCGGUUAAGUCACUGGAAUGCCAGCUUGAUCAGAUUCACACUCUUCUUGUUAGUACUGAGGAGUUUGUUAGAAGAUUAAAAUAUCAGAACGAUUUUAAUGGAGCACUUGGAAAACUUAAGGUUGAGUUUAUUGCGAUUUUGAAGAGAGUAACAGAUGCUAUCGAAAAUCAAAAAUUCUUGGAAUUUGAAGCAAAUGAAAAAGCAAUAGAUGAAUUCAGAAAGAAGAUUGAUAAAGAUGAGGGAAUGCAGGUGUUGAUGAGUAGGAUAUACCAACAAUGAGUCCUUAAGACCCUCUUACCAGCUCGUAUAAAAAAUUUAUCUAAAAUUGAUGAAGAAGAGCUAAAAGAUAUGAGAUCAACAAUCCUUGAUGGCAAAAAUGGCAAUCAAUCAAAUAAUAGUCAAGGAAUAAAAAAAUUUAAAAGUGAUAUUAUUGGUUCAAGCUCUCCUACUACACUUGCAGAUUUAAGGAAAAAAUAUUUUUCUCAGGUUAACGACGUCACUAAGUUUUGUGAUAUCGAAAUAUAUCCGAAAAGAGAAAAAUUUAUUGGUUUUAUGGAAGAGUCAAUCCAAAACAAUGUUCAGUUUGUAGAGUCAAGGAGUUUUAGCUUCAGAGAACUUCCUGGCAAAUGCCAACUUCUCAAUUCCUAUCUCUCAAAAUGACUACCAAGAGAAUUCAGUGGGAUUGUUAAUAUGAACAAUGGCCGUACUACAACUUAUGUGAAAUUUGCAGAGUACAAUUGGUCGAUUGAAGCACUCUUAAAAACAAAUAUACGAACCCUCAGCUUGAACAAGUUUGUUUUAUCAGAAGAAGACUUCGAGUUGCUAAAGAAUCGGCCUGAGGAGAGCAUGCUUGCCAUAGACCUUACCAAUUGCUUAUUUAUCUCCAGUUGUGGCAAGAAACUAUCCCUCAUAACAGAAGAACAAAUUAAGGAGCACCUUAUUCGAUCUAAUAAGAUUGAUGCUUGCAGUAUGAACGAGUUAUCCAGAAUGAUUACCCUAUAAACCAUAAUUCUUAUCACAUCUUUGACAAAUA